GUAUUAACCUAUGACAAUGUAGUAGACACGGGUUCGGAGACAGAUGAAGAUGACAAACUGCACAUUGCUGAAGAUGAAAGUAUUAUCACCACAUUGGACCAGGAAACAAGUCCGGCUAGUAUGCUCAAUCAUGAGUCUUCACCACAUGCCAACCAAGCAUUACUGGCAAGAGAAGAAGAGGAAGAUGACCUGAGGGAUGGCGGGAUAGACCACAACUGGCACAAUGAUGAUCUUCUGAAAGCUUCCAUAGAUGGUUCUGAUGAAAUGAAAGGGGACUAUGAUUGUAUGGGACCUGAAGCCACUCACGUAACCACUAUUAAUAACGGUACAGUAAAGAACACAAAUUGCACUUCGGAGUUUGAAGACUAUUUCACCAAUAGAAAGAUGGAUAACAGCGAUGGGCACGGUGUUAGCAUAGCAGAGUACUUACACCGCAGUGACACGGCCAUCAUUUACCCAGAAGCCCCAGAGGAGCUGUGCCGCUUGGGAACACCAGAAGCCAACGGACAGGAGGAGAAUGACCUGCCACCUGGAACACCAGAUGCUUUUGCCCAGCUGCUAACCUGUCCCUAUUGCGACCGGGGCUACAAGCGGUUGACGUCACUGAAGGAGCACAUCAAGUACCGCCAUGAGAAGAACGAAGAGAACUUCUCUUGCCCUCUUUGCAGUUAUACAUUCGCCUAUCGUACGCAACUUGAGCGGCAUAUGUUGACGCACAAACCAGGGAGAGAUCAGCAUCAAAUGUUGACCCAGGGAGCUAGCAAUCGCAAGUUUAAAUGCACAGAGUGUGGCAAAGCCUUCAAAUAUAAGCACCAUUUAAAGGAACACCUUCGGAUACACAGCGGAGAGAAGCCAUAUGAAUGCCCAAAUUGCAAGAAACGCUUCUCCCAUUCGGGUUCCUACAGUUCACACAUUAGCAGCAAGAAAUGCAUUGGCCUGAUCUCUGUGAAUGGGAGAAUGAGAAACAACAUGAAGGCAGGUUCAUCUCCAAAUUCUGUGUCGUCAUCUCCCACCAAUUCAGCCAUAACUCAGCUCCGGCACAAACUGGAGAAUGGGAAACCACUUGGCUUGACGGAACCUUCGGGCCUACUUAAGAUCAAAACAGAAUCACUAGAUUACAAUGACUAUAAACUUCUUUUGGCAGCCUCACACGGGUUUAAUGGUCCUAAUCCAUUCAUGAAUGGUGGUCUUGGAGCCACCAGUCCCUUGGGAAUUCACUCCUCAGCUCAGAGUCCAAUGCACCACUUAGGUGUAGGGAUAGAGGCGUCAUUACUUGGGUACCCAAACUUAAGCAGUAAUUUGAGCGAGGUGCAAAAGGUCCUGGAAAUUGUGGACAACACAGUUUCAAGGCAGAAGAUGGAAUGCAAGUCUGAAGAGAUUGCAAAGUUGAAGGGGUACCACAUGAAGGAAACUGGACCUCAAAGAGAGGAACAAGGUGUGACGUCUCCUGGCGUCCCACCAGUGGGUCUUCCAGUUGUAAGUCAUAAUGGUGCCACUAAAAGUAUUAUUGACUAUACGUUAGAGAAGGUAAAUGAAGCCAAAGCCUGUUUACAGAGCUUGACUACGGAUUCAAGAAGACAGUUUAGCAAUAUUAAGAAAGAAAAGUUACGUACCUUGAUAGACCUCGUAAGUGAAGAGAAGAUGCUAGAGAGCCAUAAUAUAGCCACUCCAUUUUCUUGCCAGUUUUGUAAAGAAAGUUUUAACGGUCCCAUUCCUUUGCACCAACACGAAAGAUACUUGUGUAAAAUGAACGAAGAAAUUAAGGCAGUCCUCCAACCCAGUGAAAACCUUAUUCUCAAUAAACAGGGCAUGUUGGCUGAGAAACAAGCACUACUGCUGUCAUCAGUACUUUCCGAGAAAGAAAUGAUUAGCCCUAUCAACCCUUACAAGGACCACAUGUCUGUACUUAAAGCGUAUUACGCUAUGAAUAUGGAACCUAACUCAGAUGAACUACUGAAAAUUUCCAUAGCUGUUGGCCUUCCUCAGGAAUUUGUGAAGGAAUGGUUUGAGCAAAGAAAAGUCUAUCCAUAUGCAAUUUCCAGGUCACCAUCUUUGGAAAGGACCAGUGGGGAGGUGGUACAAAUAACCACCACUCCCACGAAAGACUCUGCAUCAGCUAGGUCUCCAGUAAAACCUGUGGAUUCUAUCACUUCGCCAUCUAUAGCAGAACUUCAUAACCGGGUAUCAAAUUGUGAUACGCCUCUCAGGCUAACAAAAUCUAGUCAUUUUACUGGUCUGAAGCCAGUUAUUGAUAAAUUGGACCACUCCAGGAGCAAUACUCCAUCUCCUUUAAAUCUUUCUUCCACAUCUUCUAAAAACUCCCACAGUAGUUCUUACACUCCAAACAGUUUUUCCUCGGAAGAGCUUCAAGCUGAGCCUUUGGACUUAUCUGUACCGAGACAAAUGAAGGAAAUUAAAAGUAUUAUAGCCACAAAGAACAAAACCAAACCUAAUAAUGUCACUAUUGACCACAACAAUAUUCAUUUGCCCUCUGAGACUGUAGACGAGCCACUGAAUUUAACGUACAUUAAGAAGGAAUUUUGCAAUUCCAAUAAUCUGGACAAAAGCACUAACCCGCUAUUUGGCUUGAAUCCAUUUAGUGGCAAACCUUUGUAUACCACGCUUCCACCACAGAGCGCUUUUCCACCAGCCACUUUUAUGCCUCCAGUUCAGGCGAGUAUCCCAGGACUUCGACCAUAUCCGGGACUUGAUCAGAUGAGCUUCCUACCACAUAUGGCCUAUACUUACCCAACUGGGGCAGCUACUUUUGCAGAUAUGCAGCAGAGGAGGAAGUACCAGCGGAAACAGGGAUUUCAGGGUGAAAUGCUUGACGGGGUUCCCGAUUACAUGUCAGGCCUGGAUGAUAUGACGGAUUCUGACUCCUGCCUGAGUCGGAAAAAAAAUUAAGAAGACGGAAAGUGGCAUGUAUGCCUGCGAUUUAUGUGACAAGACAUUCCAGAAAAGUAGCUCCCUCCUGAGACACAAAUAUGAACAUACAGGAAAGAGGCCACACCAGUGUCAAAUUUGUAAAAAGGCAUUCAAACAUAAACACCACCUAAUAGAACAUUCGCGACUGCACUCUGGCGAGAAGCCAUACCAAUGUGACAAAUGCGGUAAACGCUUCUCACACUCGGGGUCUUACUCACAGCACAUGAACCACAGGUAUUCCUACUGUAAGAGAGAAGCUGAGGAAAGAGAAGCAGCUGAGAGGGAAGCCCGAGAGAAAGGUCACCUGGAACCCACCGAGCUGCUGAUGAAUCGAGCUUACCUCCAGAGUAUUACUCCUCAGGGCUACUCUGACUCAGAGGAACGGGAAAGUAUGCUUAGAGACGGGGAGAGUGAAAGAGAUAAGGAAGUUGAGGACGUUUACGAUAAGCUUGGAAGGCAAGAUGGGGAGGAAGAGUUUGAAGAGGAAGAGGAGGAGAGCGAGAACAAAAGCAUGGACACAGAUCCGGAUACAAUCCGGGACGAAGAAGAGAAUGGUGAACAUUCAAUGGAUGAUAGUUCAGAGGAUGGCAAAAUGGAAAUUAAGUCGGAUCAUGAAGAAGAAAACAUGGAGGACGGCAUGUAA